GUCAUUAUUGCCAUCACCGCCGUCGCUAUGGAUGAAGAUAACCCAGCUGAGAGCUUCCAGGACGAGGCCUCCUGCUCCCUCUGCUUGGGGUUCUUCCAAGAUCCCGUCUCCAUCCACUGCGGGCACAACUUCUGCAGGGCGUGCAUCACCCGCUGCUGGGAGGAACAGGAGGAAACCUUCUCCUGCCCUCGCUGCAAGGCGACGGCCACGCAGCGCAACCUGCGACCCAACCGCGAGUUGGCCAAGAUCAUUGAGAUUGCCAAAAGGCUGAGCCUGAGGGCCCCAAGCGCUGGGGAGAGGCUGUGCGAGAGGCACCGGGAGGUCCUGAAGCUGUUCUGCGAGGAGGACCAGGUGCCCAUCUGCCUGGUGUGCAGGGAGUCCCACGCUCACCGCCUGCACGCCGCCGUCCCCAUUGAGGAGGCAGUGGAGGAGCAGAAGGAGAAAAUCCAGGCUCACGUGCAGAUCCUGAAGGAAAAGAAGGAAAAGCUGCAGGGGCUGAAAGAAGCUGAGGAAGGGAAAAGCCUGGAAUUCCUCGAGAAGGUCCAACAGGAGAGGCAGAAGGUGGUGUUGGACAUCAAGGAGCUGCAGCAGUUCGUGGAGCAACAGGAGCGUCUCCUCUUGGGGCGGCUGGAGAAGCUGGACCAGGAAAUCGUGAGGAGAAAAGAGGAGAACCUGGCCAAGCUCCUGGAGGAGAUUUCCUCCGUCAGUGAGCAGAUCCGUGAGCUGGAGGAGAAAUGCCAGCAGCCACCGUGUGAAUUCCUGCAGGACAGCAUGAACAUCUUGAGCAGGCUGGAGAAUGAGAAAUCCCAGCAGGCCCCGGAGAUUUUGCCUGGAGCAGAAGAAAACCCAGCCAGCCCUCCUCAGAAAAACACAGCUCUCAAGGAGACGCUGAUGCAGUUUCGAGAAAGUCUGACGUUGGACCCCGACACGGCGCAUCCCCGGCUGGUCCUGUCCGAAGACCACCGAUGUGUGCGAUGGGAAGAGGCCCGGCACCCCGUCCCUGACAACCCCAAACGCUUCGAUUCGUCCCGCUGCAUUCUGGGCUGCCAAGGGUUCAACGCGGGGAGGCACUACUGGGAGGUGGAGGUGGGCGAUGGGGAGGCGUGGGCUGUUGGCGUGGCCAAGGAGUCGGUGGAGAGGAAGGGGCGGAUCAGCGUCAAACCCGAGGUGGGGAUUUGGGCAGUGGGGCAAUGUGGGGCCCAGUAUCAGGCUCUCACUUCACCCACCAGCCCCAUCACGCUGCACUCUGCCCCCAAAGUGAUUGGGAUUUACCUGGAUUACGAGGCCGGGCGAGUGGCAUUUUUCGAUGCCAACAAUGAGGUGCCCAUUUUUGCGUACCCUCCCACAUCUUUUGGAGGGGAGAGGGUCCUUCCGCUGCUCUGCCUGGGGAGGGGCUGCCGCUUCACGCUGUCCCCGUGAGACCCCGUGGGGCAGCACUGCCUCCAGCAUCGCUCUCUCAAAUGUGGGGAAACCAAAGGGUCUCAUUACCCCAAAUCUGGGGAGCUCUCGUGGUCUCAUCACCCCAAGUCUGGGGACACCCCAUGGUUUCAUCACCUCCGGUCUUUGGGAGACCUCAUGGUCUCAUCACCCUAAAUAUGGGGGGACCACAGGGGCACUUCACCCCAAAUCUGGGGAAGCCAAGGGGUCUCAUCACCCCAAACGUGGGGACACUCCAUGGUUUCAUCACCCCAAGUCAGAGCUGACCUUGUGGUUUCAACACCCCAUAUAUGGGGUCACCCCACAGAUGGCUUUUGGGUCAUCACUCCAGAAAUGUCCUCUUGGACAUGUCCCCAGAGGUGACAUUUUGAACAUAACCAGAGAUGGCUUUUGGUUUGCGACCCCAGAAGUGUUGUCUGCUAAAUCCUGGAUGCAAACUGCAGAAAUAAUAAGAAAUCCGCCCUUUUAAGCAGC